AUGGAGUUCCCGAGAAUGUGUCCAGCGCGUUGGUCAGACGAAAACUUUAGCAUGUGUCCAGCACGAGAAUUUAUGUGCCCAUUCUACGACAUGCAUUCGCGUUACUUUCGUCCUUGGAGGCUAAUGGACAAACAAAGCAUCUCUAAAGAAUUCGGAUCUACAAUAGAAAAUGAAAAAGGCAACUUUAAAAUAACUUUGGACGUCCAACAUUAUCGACCAGAGGAAAUCAGUGUGAGAGUGACAGACAAUGAAAUUAUAGUAGAAGGGAAACAUGAAGACAGGCCGGACUCUCAUGGAUAUAUCUCGAGGCAAUUCAAGCGGCGCUACGCGUUGCCAAGUCAAUGCCCCGGAGAGAACGUCACUUCAUCCAUGUCCUCAGACGGUGUCCUUAUUAUAAUCGCUGAAAAGAAAUCUUCCAGCGAGAAACAAGAAAAAAUUGUACCAAUCAAAAUGUGUGGCUUUACUCCGAAAACGACUCAGGUUGAAAGUAAAAUGACUUCAGAAAUUAUAAAAAAUUCAGUUAAGGAAAAUAUCAAGGAUACAGAAGACAUGACUCGUAACAAAAAUGGCCAAAUAAUGCUCAAAGAGGAACAUAGUCGAUUGCUAAAGCCAGAACUACUGAAAGAGACUAUUUCAGAAACAAAUGGAGACAAAUUUUCGUCGAAACAAGUUGUUGAAAGUAAGGGGCUGGUUGAGAAAAAGGAUGGCAAGGAUAUUGGAGUCACAGCAAGUAAGAUUGAAGAAUCUUUUACAAAAUCAACUUUGGGAGUGUCUGGAUUGACGGAAAAAAUUGGGGAAAAGAGUUUAGCCUCGACAUCCGACAUGUGUGGAAUGAAAACAAUGUCUAACAUGUCUAAAACAAUUAUUGAAGAGUCUUCUUCAUCAUUUAAAUCAUCCUCUUCCAUGUCUUCUACCAUGAAGGCCAGUGGGAAGAUUGGGGAAUUCACAAAAGACAUAAUUAGCGCUGAAUUAAAGGAAGCAGCAGAAAAUGUAUAA